GGGCCUUCUUCCUCUUCUGGUCCCCACUCUGAAAGAGAACUUAGAGCUGUGAUGAUGUCUGGUGAAAUCAUUUACUCCGAUGUUACAUUCACUCGGCAUCAGAACCAAGAUACUGGAGCAGAAAGUGAACUUUCUAAUGGAGUAGCCGGACGUGAAGAGGAUGUCACAUACUCUGAGGUUAAAAGACUGGGAGGUAGAGCUAGUGAGCAGAAGGAUCCUGGGAAAGGAAGGGACCCUGGCAAUAGUGACCCCACUCCCCCAGUGGGGUCAAAGGCUACAAUCCCUGAUGGAGGGUCUGGGAGAGUUCCCGUGGCGACCCUGGUGUGUCUCUGUGUUCUACUGCUCGGCUUGGCUAUCACUCUGGGAGUCCUCUAUGCUUCCAACAUGACUAGUCUUCAAGCUGAGGGGGCUCGCUUUGCCCAGAUGAAAGGGAAUCUAACAGGGAAACUGCGUGAACUGCAAGACAGCUAUAAGAGACUACAGAAUGAGACCCACAUCAUAACAGUCCAGGAAGAGAUGUUCUCCUCAGGUCUUCGAGACUGUGAGGCCAACCUGACUAGGGUCAAAGAUCUCCUGGCAACCAUCCAAGGGAAUCAGAAGGAAUGUAAUGCUGAUACAAAAUCAUGUUCUCCUGGCUGGGAGUUCUACAAUGGAUCAUGCUACUACUUCUCUAUAGGCAAACUGACCUGGGAACAGAGUCAGCAUGCCUGCAUCCGUGACGGAGGACACCUGGUCAUUGUAGAGAGUCAGCAGGAGCAGGAGUUUAUAAUCGAAAGACUUGUGAGAAGCACUGAUUUUAAUAACAGCCCCUGGAUUGGACUGACAGACAAGAAGCAAGAGGGAGUGUGGGUCUGGAUGGACAAUACAACUCUUGAUGACAGCAUCAAGUUCUGGGACCCAAACACUGAAACAUUUUCAAGCCGUCCAGAACCAAAUAACUGGGAGCCAGGUGAAGACUGUGCCCGAAUGGGUCAAAGAUGUUCCAGUCGGAUCAAAUGUUGGUUUGACUUUUCAUGUGACCAACCAUGUCGGAGAAUCUGUGAGAGUCGUGCAGCCUGUGAGAGACCUGCAGCCACUUCAUAGUGCUGCCAAAUGGAAUGUAUUGAAUUAAUAACCAGCACAAGGUACUGCAUUGUAGGGCAGUAUAAAGGACCAGUUUCCCAGACACAGAUUAAACCUAGUCCUGGACUAAGAAGCAUAUUCAAUAGAGAUUCUCCAUUCAAAGUGUUUCUAAGUCCAGGACUAGGGAUUAAUAUGUGUCCAGGAAACCGAUCUGUAAUGUCUAAUUUGGAUUCCUGGAGAGUACUAGCCAUACAAUGAAUAUACCAAGCACUGGAGUUGCACCCCCCACCCACCCUUUUGCCCUCAGAACAGCCUCAAUUCAUCAGGGUGUGGACUCUACAAGGUGUCGAAAGCGUUCCACAGGGAUGUUGGCCCAUGUUGACUACAAAGCUUCCCAAAGUUGUGUCAAGUUGGCUGGAUGUCCUUUGGGUGGUGGACCAUUGUCAACACAAACAAUAAAAAAAACAGCAGCGUUGCAUUUCCUGACACAAUCCAGUGUGCUUGGCACGUACUACCAUAACCUGUUAAAACUUUGGUCUUGCCCAUUCAUCCUCUAAAUGGCACACAUAAACAAUCCAUGUCUCAAUUGUCUCAAGGCUUAAAAUCGAAGUGACAUCAAAAAGAAAUCAUAGAGUUGCAAAGAAAAAAAACAUAUCUCAGACUGGCCAAUUAAAAAUAAAAGAUUAAAAAACACUGGACAGAGGAACUCUGCCUCGAAGGCCUGCGUCCCGGUGUUGCCUCUUCACUUUUGACGCGCAUACUAUUUAAAAGUUCUUAAGGAUUUUAAGGAUAUUCCAUGCGAAAAAUUGCCAAGAAACUGAAGAUCUCGUACAACGCAGAACAGUGCAAACUGGCCCAAACCAGAAUAGAAAGCGGAGUGAGAGACCCCAGUGCACAACUGAGAAAGAGGACAAGUACAUUAGUGUCUAGUUUGAGAAACAGACGCUUUACAAGUCCUGAACUCGCCUACCAUUAAGUGCUAAGUUAUUCAGUUAUAUUCAGAUAUUCAGGAGUAACAUUAAAACAGAGUAAUAUGCCCCACCAACAUUAGACAAUUAUACAGAAAACACUCAAAUUGCUGAAUCCAGUAAAUAAAAUCAAUGAUGACCGAAUAGUCAGAUUAACUGAUAACUAAACUAGAAGUGCAGAUGUCAUUAUUUUGCAAAGUGCGUAGAUGUAUAGGUAAUUCAUCCGUGGGGGACAUCUGAGAAUGCGACUGUACAGACUUGUUAGUGCAGCAGAAAGAUCAAAGUACCCCAAAUGUAGAGGUUGUGAGUUUCAAAUCCCAGGUGGGGUCAUAUUGAAGUGAUCAUGUCAAAAUGUAAAGCAUGUCACUCACCUUAAAACUCAUACACCAUUUAAUUACAUCCCUUGCAAAAAAGACUCAUGUGAAAUGUGCGAUUUCACAUGAAAAUCACAUUUUCACAUGUGAAAUAGCUGUUUUCACAUGUUAAGCUGACAUUUUCACAUCUUGAACCCAUAUGUUCACAUGUAUUAAAUGCACGUUAACACUACCUUUUCACAAAAAUCACGGUUCCACCUCACGUGAAAAUAGAAUUGCAUUUUCACACUUGAAAAAAAUCACAUUUGAAAAUCAAAAUAUGCUGUUUUAGUUGUGAAAAUGUUUUCACAUGUAGUUUCAUGGUAUCACAUUGAAAUGUUUUCACAUGCUAAAAUAGUUUCACAUGUGUAGUUUAAUGUUAUCACAUGUCGCUUUUACAUGUCGUCACAUGCCAGCAGCAAACCACCCUUAAUCCCACUGUGCUGGCUUGCCUCUGAAGCUGAGCAGGGUCGGGCCUGGUCUGUCUCUGGAUGGGAGACUGCUGGAAAUGGCGUUGGAGUGUCAGUUGGGGUAACUCUUCCCUCUGGUUUAAGGAGAUCCCAGAGCAGUCUAGGUGACAUUACCCUGCUUAGGGUGCUGUCUUAUUGAUAGGAAGUUAAAUGGUUGUCCUGACUCUCUGUGGUUAUUAAAAAUCCCAUGGCACUUGUUGUAAGACUAGGGAUGUUAACCCUGGUGUCAUGGCAACAUUCCCAACCUGGCCCCCUUCCAUCACAGCCACCUCAUCAUCCCCCUCAUUACUAGUUGGCAUAAUACAGUGUCUUCAGAAAGUAUUCACACCCCUUGACUUUUCCACAUGUUGUUGUGUUACAGCCUGAAUUUCAAUUUGAUUACAUUGAGAUGUUUUGUCACUGGCCUAAACACAAUACCCCAUAAUGUGGAAUUAUGUUUUUCAAAAUGUUUACAAAUUAAUAUAAAGUGGAAAGCAGACAUUUCUUGAGUCAACCCCUUUGUUAUGGCAAGCUUAAUAAGUUCAGGAGUGAAUUGUGUUUAACAAGUCACGUAAUAAAUUGCAUGGACUCACUCUGUGUGCAAUGAUAGUUUUUAACAUGAUUUGUGAAUGACUACCUCAUCUCUAUACCCCGAUAAACAAUUAUCUCCAAGGUCCCUCAAUUGAGAAGUGAAUUUCAAACACAGAUUCCACCCGAAAGACUAGGUUUCCAAUGCCUCUUAAAGAGGGGCACCCAUUGGUAGGCAAAAUAAAAAGAAGCAGACUUGAGUAUCUGUUUGAGCUUGGUGAAGUUGGUAACUACACCUUGGAUGGUGUAUCAAUACUCCCAGUCACUAGAAUGAUACAGGUGUCUGUCACGACUCCUACCGAAGCUGGCUCCUGUUCGGGCGGUGCUCGGUGGUCGUCGUCACCGGUCUACUCGCUGCCACCAACCCCUUUUCCCUUUUCUGUUGGUUUUGUCUAAUUAGUUACACCUAUUUCUUGUUUACAUUUAGUUGGGCUAUUUAAGCUGGUCUGCCUGCCUGCUCUUUGUGCGGGCUUAUUUUCCCCACUGUGUUUGUGUGUGGUAGUGUAUUGGUAGCGUGUUUCGUUUUGGGGUUUUCCCUCUGGACUUGUUAGGUCCUGGUUUUGGGUAUUGUGUUUGUUGCGCCCGUGAGUUUUGGCGCGCAUGAUUUUCCCCAUGCCUAAAUAAAGCACUACUCAGUA